AUGGCUGAUAAUACGCCUAUUGUGUUUGACAACACACUUGUUGUGCCGGACGACUUGAAGCACACUGAAUUUAUCAGCGAUUUUUGUUUCAGCCCGACGAACGAUAUAGUUGGCCUUGGUGAUAUGAAGGGGCGGGUUUCAUUAUAUAAAUAUGGGGAUUUGACGGUGCCGGAAAUGCUCUUUGAAAUUGAAGGGAACAAGGACUCUGUCCGAAAUGUGUGUUUUAAUGAAGGAGGGAAUUUACUCUUCUCGACGUCGAGCGACGGAGCGAUUUCGAUUGUAGAUAUCAACGCACAAAAGGUCUUGGCGACGAACCCUCGCGCGCACAAACAUCCGAUUUAUGCGUUAGAUUCCAAAGGGGAUAUGAUAGUGACUGGAGAUGAGGAUGGGUGUAUAAAGGUGUGGGAUAUGAGACAGCAAAAAUGUGUAGCUGUGCAUGACGAGCACAACGAUUAUAUUUCACAAGUAGUGUUAUGUGGGGACACGAUAUUUGCUGCUGGUGGCGAUGGGUGUAUGUCCACAUGGAGUCUUAAGAAAGGGAAAGUGAUUGGAAUCAGUCAGAAUUUGAAUGAGAGUUUACUCUCGUUAACUGUACUUGAAGAGGAUUAUCGGAUUUGUUGUGGAAGUGAACGUGGGAAAGUGUAUGUGUGGAGUUGGGACGAUUGGGAAGAGCCGAAAUUGAAAUUAAGUGGGCACCCCGAUUGUGUCCAAUCAUUAAUAACAAUCGAUCGAAACACCGUCUUUUCGGGGAGUUUUGACGGUGUGAUCCGAAUCGUUCAAAUCACUCCAAAUAAGUUAUUGGGGUGUGUUGGGAAGCAUGAAUUUCCCGUCGAGAAGAUGCAAGUGUCUCGAGACAAACGGUUCUUAGGGUCUUGUUCCCUUAAAAAGCAUGUGAAGUUUUGGGACGUUGGCUAUUUGUAUGACGACGCCGAUGAAAGUACGACGACGGUCCAAGUGAAGAAGCCCGAACAAGACAUCGUGACGGACUAUCAAGAAGUUUCGAUGUCGAAUGAAUACAAAAAGAGAGGGAAAAAGAAGAAAGGAAUGCAACAAAACCCCAACAACCCAUUCUUCAAAGGAAUGGAAGACUGA